CAACUCAAACAAUUUCGCGUGUGUAUCUCGAGUUUCGUGCCCGUCUCAGUCUCUUCAAAGUCAUGACCACCACGUGUCGGUUACCCAACCCCCGAGCCCCAGAUAAAUUCAACAAAACCCAUUUCCGAAAGCAAACAAGCAAGACAGACACCAUUAGAAAAAUUCUUUGAUCCUGAAAUUCAAUUCAAUUCAAUUACAUUAAAAAUCAAAACCCUAUAUCUCGUACCUUUUGAAAAGCUGAGAAAGAAGGUGAGUUUAUGUUAGAAAAGCGACUGAGAAAAUCUUUGUAAGUAGUAAAAAAAUGAAGGAAACAACCGAGAUAAUGUGCAAUGUUAUUGAUGUGCAGUAUCAACUUUGCCUGGCUAAAGAUCAGCAGAACAUGGCUCCUUCAACUCCGGUUUUUGAUUCGAUUUCCACAGAAGUCUCGCGUUUUGAGACGGGGGCAAUUUGUUCGGUCCUGAAUGGUGUCAUAAGGCGAUUGAUUAGUCAAGGAUUACAAGUCGUGGAGUCUUCUGCUGCCAAGCUUUUUCCUCGCAUCCGUUCUGGUAGCUAUGCAGAUAUUGGAUCAAGGCCGUCUAUGGAUGAUGAACACGUUAGGAUUGAUGAUCUAUCUGCCCAUCUGGGUUCUUAUUUCAAGUGUCCGAGCUCUUUUUAUGCAGUUUUUGAUGGUCAUGGAGGGCCUGAUGCAGCUGCUUAUGUCAAGAGGAAUGCUGUGAGGUUGUUUUUUGAAGAUGUUCACUUGCCACAAACAUCUGAUGUUGAUGAUGUCUUCCUAAGAGCACUGUUAAAUUCCCAUAGGGAAGCGUUUUUACAGGCUGACUCUGCAUUGGCUGAUAAAAGCAUUGUUAGCAGUUCAUGUGGAACAACAGCAUUGACUGCCCUAGUUCUUGGAAGGCAUUUAGUGGUUGCAAAUGCUGGUGACUGUCGAGCUGUUCUCUGUAGGAAAGGGGUAGCCGUUGAUGUGUCUCAAGAUCACAAGCCUUCUUAUUUGCCAGAACGCAGACGGGUUGAGGAGUUGGGUGGUCGUGUUCAAGGUGAAUAUCUUAAUGGUCCUUCUGUUACUCGAGCCCUUUCUGUUACUCGAGCCCUUGGAGAUUGGGAUUUUAAGCUUCCAGUUGGCUCCACAUCACCUCUCACUGCUGAGCCAGAGGUUCAACAGUUUAUGUUAACAGAGGCUGAUGAAUUCUUGAUUAUUGGUUGUGAUGGUAUCUGGGACGUUAUGUCAAGCCAGCAUGCUGUCAGCCUUGUCCGUCGUGGGCUUAGGCGGCAUGAUGACCCAGAACUUAGUGCCAGAGAACUAGUCAUGGAAGCAUCACGCCUCCAUUCAGCUGAUAAUCUCACUGCUGUUGUUGUCUGCUUCGCUUCACCUAAUCCUGUUGAGUCAUGCGAACCUCGAAGCCGAAGGUUGAGGUUCUUCUGUCUCUCUGAGGAGGCUCGGAGCAAGCUGAAGAGCUUGUUCGAAGGCAAUUGAAUGUGCAUACAAAUUAUUUCACGUUAUUUACUGAUGUUUGGUAUGGUAAAGGAUUUUCAUCUGCUGUGACUGUUUCGGAUGUUUUAGAAAAACAGCCAGCGGUUUUGUAGGGUAGAGGAGCGGGCGGGGUUAGGGUAAUACAUCAAGUGAAAUGCUAGUCUUUGUUGUUUACUGACAGUGCAAGGUUAUUUUGGUUUCAUUGGGUUCCGCUCAAUGCGAUGGUCUGUUGUCUUUUUUCUUUGUUUUCUCUUGUACACAUCAUCUCUGUUUACGUGUCCAUGGGGAUAAUGAAACGAGACUUCAACUUA